AUGGGGGUGUUCGGUCGUGCUGCAGUUGCUGCAGCGGUAUGGGCCUUGGCCAGAGCGAGUGAGCUGGAGCAAGAUGCCACUGCAGCUGCCUGCUCGCAGGAGCCUGAUGCAUCACUGGGCUUGCUGCAGCAUAAAGUGAACAAAGCGAACGUGUCUUACGAAGAUGGUGGCAGCUGCUGUGAGCACUGCCGGGGCUAUGGAGGCCACCCAAAUGGGAAGUGGAUCCUUCGUGCAGUCCCCCGUCCUGAGACUGGCAUGCAGGGAGUUGGCAACUGCUGCUGGGAUGGCAUGCACGCCACCUUGAUGACAUGUGGGAACAACAAGCCCCGCCACACCGGAGUGUCUCAUACGUCAGCGUGCCGGUUGCUUCCCAAGUUCAAGGAGGGCUUUUACAAAGAUGGCGGUGAUGAGCACCAGGAUCUCUACAGCAGCAAUGGAUGCGCAAAGUACUCUGCUUUCAUCGUGAAGAAUUGGAAGGACUGCAUUGGAUCAAGCUGGAGUGAGUUUGAGGCGCCCGAAGGUUGUACGAAGAAGAAUGGCCAUCAUGUGACCCUGGACGGCGACUUCGACGGAGAGCUGCCGGAAACCUGGAAUCUCGAAUGGUACCACGGCGAUGCUUAG